ACUUAACCGAACGCAACCCACGUCAAUGGCUGCUGUUAUCACAUUCCCAUCACAAGUCCCAUCCAAUUUUCCUCCUUCACUUACAACUUAAGCUCCAGAUCUCUUCACCAAACAACCCAUUUCACCUCCAGCAUCAUGUUCCACUCUUAAAGAUCCGAGCUUUAAAAUGAUUGGAGGUAUUCAAUUGGGAGUCUUAGCUGCAUGUUUAGUCCUUUUCGUGCCCAUGUUAAUGGCUGGCUGGCAUUUAAGCCGAAACAAGAUGUUAUUUUUCAGCGGUGCUUUGUUCAUAACGCUGGCGGUAUGUGUACAUUUGACUCCUUAUUUUCCUUCCGUUUCUGAAUUUGCGUCGUCGUUUUCGUCUUUUGUAGUGUUUGAUCAUCGCGAUUCUUGUAUUAAUUUGGUCAAUCAAAUUGCGUGGGAUGUUAAACCUAGAAAUGAUUUAAUUGAUAAGAAUGAUAAUUCUUCGCUUGAAAAUUACGAGAAGAAUUGGGAUUGGGUUAAUUCUGGAAAAGUCAAUGCUUGUGAGUUUCAGAAAUUAGGGAAAUCCGACGCGGCGGAUUUGUUAAACGGAUCUUGGGUUGUUGUGGCUGGUGAUUCUCAGGCGAGAUUGGUCAUUGUGUCUUUGCUUAGUUUUGUUUUGGAGAAAGAACGGAUGGAUUCUAUUAGGGGCGAUUUGUUUAAGAGGCAUAGUGAUUAUAAUAUUGCGCUGGAUGAAAUUGGUUUGAAAAUGGAUUUCAUAUGGGCACCUUACGAGAAGAAUUUGACUGAUUUGGUUGUUAAGUUUAAGGCUAAGAGGAAGUACCCAGAUGUUUUGGUGAUGGGCUCGGGCCUAUGGCACAUGCUACAUUACACGAAUGCAACCGAUUAUGGUGUUUCAUUGCGAGUUUUGAAAAGUUCUGUGGAGUCGUUGCUACCUUUUUCCCCAGAAUUGGGAACAAAUGGACCUGUGACGGGUUCUGUUUCGAUUAGAUCGCCACAUUUGUUUUGGAUUGGCACGCCUGUGUUAAUAAAUGGGAUGUUGAAUACGGAGGAGAAGAGGGAGAAGAUGAGUGAUGAAAUGUGGCAUGCUUACGAUAGAGCACUUGGAGAAAGUAAGCUCUUGCGCCAAACUGGUGGACCCCUUGUAUUGCUUGAUAUUCAGUCUUUGACCUGGAAUUGUGGAGCUUGGUGUACAGUUGAUGGAAUGCAUUAUGAUGGAGUUGUUUACGAAGCAGCUGUUCAUAUCAUGCUAAACGCAUUACUCAUUGAAUCUCACCAGGUGCUUUAAAAGCUGCUUGUCCCCUACAUUGGUGUGCUUUUGCUCGGGGUUACAAAAGGGAUCUCUAACGAUUUCAAGGUACUGACCCUUAAAUGAGGCUGACCUUAUACCUCCUAUUUCACGUUUGUGAUUCUUUCCAGCCCUUUUCCUUGAGCUCUUGAUUAACCUCAUACACACAUUGAAAUUCUUUUUUCUGGUUCUUUGUCAAAAUAUGUUCAAAGUCUGAUAUUUUAUAGUAAAAAAACUGGAAAAUCGUCGCAUCCAAUUUUGAUGUGAAUAGAUUCCACAGCUUCAUAUGCAUAUAAUAUUUGCAUUGGAUAGAUAAUGUUGCUUCGCUUCAAUUUGAUUAGUUCUGUUGGUUUAAUUGAUUGGACAUUGACUUUUGUAAAACAAUUUUGUAUUAGUUCUUCUGUGUAAUCUGUUUAUUAUGAGGAACCUCUUAUUUGUAUUA